AUGAUGUUUUUGGGAGACGAUCAACGGUUUCAACAAUUCAAUCUAAAAUUGAAUUUAGUAUCGUCACCCGCAGAAAUGCUAGAUAAAACAAACAUUUAUCGCAUUCGAUUCCGUUUAGUCAUAACACCAAAGCAUGGAGUUUUGGUCUUUAAACAAUGUAAAACACUGAUUUUGCGAAAUGGCCAGGUAGAAAUAACCGGCGAAUAUACUAAAAACACGAUUAUGCUUCUAGCAAUUAAGCCAAAUGGACCAAGUUUUUACAAUGUAUUGAAGAUUUUUGCUGCACACGAUGGAAAUAUUGAUUUGAAUCGUUUCAAUGGAUACAAAGGAUAUAUUGGAAUCGACGUAUCCGAAAAUAAAACACAAUCAUUUGUUGAUAAGUGCAUUGACGGUUAUGAAUCAUCUUUAAAACCCACAAAAUUCGAUAAACGAUUAUAUAGAUUUGAUGAUUCAAAUCCAUUAUCUACAUUCAAAGAACAGCGCAUUAAUACAACUGCAACAGAACAACAUGGUAUUGAACCAAAUGAUGACUGGUCGUCAAGUGACGAAGGAGCAAUGGGUGGUGAGGUACAAAAUACAGAUAGUCCACAAAUCAAACUGACAGAAAUGACGGUCGAUAAGUUAACAGAAGUCAAUUUCAUGAAAGUGCGCGAGUCAUUGCCAAUAGCAACAUUUCGUAGAGACAUUUUGGCAUCAAUUGAAAGGAAUAGAGUUAUUAUCAUUUCGGGGGAGACGGGAUCAGGAAAAUCUACACAAGUGCCACAGUUUUUGAUGGAAGAAGCAACUAGAAAUGGUAUGGCAUGCCGAAUCAUCUUGACACAGCCUCGCCGCAUUGCCGCCUACACGGUAGCCAAACGGAUUUCGGUAGAGAGAGGCGAUGAACACGGCAUUUCCGUUGGGCACCAAAUUCGCUUGGAAAAAUGUCGCAAGGCAGAAACGAAUUUAAUCGUGAAAACGAGUGGGUAUUUACUGCAACGUUUAAUUGGUACAAAGAGUAGUGACGCAUAUAAAAAUAUUACUCAUGUGAUACUGGAUGAAGUUCAUGAAAGGGAGAUAAACACCGAUCUCAUUCUAAUCGCCAUAACCCAAGUCAUGAUUUUGAUGUCAGCCACGCUAGAAGCUGAUCAAUUUAGUGAAUAUUUCAACAAUUGUCCAAAAAUAAACGUCCCUGGACGUUUAUUUAAUGUAAGUUGUUUUUACUUGGAUGAAGUUUUGUACCGAACCGGUUUCAAAACCGAUGAGAUGAAAAUAUAUAUUGAAGAUACAAUGCAUUGUGAAAGUGGGCAAGAGCAAUUACUUCUUGCUUACAACUCGACAUUCAAUGACGACAUAAUUGAUUUCGAUCUACUGGUCCACGUUAUCGAUCAUAUUCAUAGCCACACUGCUUGCGAUGGAAGCAUUCUCAUCUUUUUACCAGGAUACCAUGACAUCAUAACAUUACACGAUUUGUUGGAAAUUAAAUUCGAAGGCAAAGAAAACUUUCGAUUAUUUAUUCUUCAUAGCUGUGUCGAAGAAGAAAAUGUUUUCAAUCCAUUGCCAAAUGGAACCCGAAAAAUUAUAAUCAGCACAAAUCUUGCAGAAACAUCGGUUACGAUUGAUGAUGUGGUUUACGUUGUCGAUGUGGGCAAAGUAAAAGAGCACAACUAUGAUUCGGUCACGGAAUCAACUUGCCUGGACACCGUUGAUAUUUCAAAGGCAUGUACUAAACAAAGUAGUGGACGCGCCGGUAGAGUGCGAGAAGGGUGCGCUUAUCGAUUAUACUCAAUUGAUAAGUACGAAAAAAUGGCAAGUUAUACAACCCCCGAUAUGCUACGCAUGUCUCUACUUGAAAUAUGCCUUAAAGCCAAAUUGUUGGCCGAUGGUUCAUCAAUCAAGCAGUUUUUAGCUGAAGCAAUUCAACCACCUUCACCACAGAAAGUUAACAACAGCAUCGAAAUUUUGAUUAAAAUCAAUGCAUUGGAACCAAAUGAAAAGAUCACACAGCUGGGGAGUCACCUAGCACAUAUGCCAGUUAAUUGUCAAUUGGGAAAAAUGAUUCUAUACUCCAUUUUUCUACAAUGUGUGGAUCCCGUAUUAACGAUUGUCAGUGCACUGUCCGUAAAGUCAUUGUAUAUGCUACGAAAGAAGAAGAAAGAUGAUUGUGAAUCAAAUAAUGAAUUCGAAAAUUCGAAUGCGACAAACGGUUUUAGUGAUCAUCAAACGAUUCUAAAAACGUGUGAAGCUUGGUGCAACGAUUUGUCGAAAAGGAGCAUGCAGACAAUUAUGGGAUUGCGCAAGCUUAUCAUGAAUCAUUUAAAAAUGGCAAAGUACAUCGAUGACGACUCAAAAUUGAACGAAAAUGCAUCGAAAUGGGAGAUUGUUAAGUCGUGUCUGGUAGCUGGCAUGUGCCGUAAGUAA